AUGCAAAAUGAUGAUAAUGAUUAUAAUAACAACAGGAAUAAUGAUAUAUGUAUGAAUGCAAUCCUAUUAUUAUCUUAUCUUUUAUUAACUCAUUGUUUUGUUAAAGAUAAAAGUAAAAUAUACACAGAGAAUGAAUUAAAGAGUAAACUUAAAAAAGAUUUACUUUUAAUUUGUCAAUCAUUAGAGAUAAGAUCAAUGACAAGCCAAACCAAAGAUACAAUCAUCAAUCGAAUUAUAAAGACACAAAAUGAUCGAUUCAAACCUAAUCCUCUAUGUGAUUAUAACAAAGGAUCACUCGAAUAUUCAUUACCGUGGCCAAUCAUCAGUAGAAUACUCGAUGUACUUAUUCUGGUCGCUCAAUCUAUCACUCAUUUUUGGACAAAUACAAAUAAUCAAGAAUGGAAUGUCCGAUGCACCCAUAUCGCUUUUUGA